ACAAAGAGGAGGAAGAACAUACCGCCACGUUCUGCGCGCGGUUCGUUCAAUACCCUCAACCAUUUUGCAGUUACGCCUGAUUUCCAGACAGUGCUCCUGUUGUCCUUCUACGGCCAGUGGAGACUGUCCUCAACAAUGGGGUCGUUAGUGUCGCCAAAGCGUCUCCGGAUGAUCCUGAGACAGGAACGCCUCGAGCGUGAAAGGAGGGAAGCUGCAGCGGUACCCGGAAAGGAAGGCGUUCCUCCUCCAAGCAGGCAGGAGGUACCCAAUGAAGACGCCGAACUGGAACUCCUGCGCACCGUCGACCUCCCUCAGCCUCCGGACCCCAGCGGAGGGAAGAAGACGUCCGUCCGCAUGCUGGCUGCAGUGGUGGCCGUUUCCCUGCUCUUCAUCGGUAUUAUGGGACUCACUUUCUACAUGGAAUUGCAGGAGGACCAUGGAGAUGCGGAACAUACGCGACAGGGAAGCGAGCAGAUGGAGGUUGCAUCCGGCGAGUCGCCAACGGCCGUGCCUGCGCCAGCAGGAAGCACCAGGAAGAAGUUCUGGAAAGCGCCACGGACAUCCAGAGGCCCCACCACGAGAGCUAGCACCGCCGUUUCCAUCGCAAUGACCCUCGCUAACAUCACCAUCACUGCUAACGACACCAGCGCUCCAAUCGACGACAAUUCAACCACCGUCCAGGAUAACGCCGGGGGCAGGGAAAGCACCGAGCAGCUACCCUCGCCGACCACCACCACCGAAGCAGGGACGCUCCCGGUGAUGAUACCCAACUGUCGCUGGUGUCCGCCGUCGCAAGUCUUCCGACCGAUUGAUGUCAACUAGCGAUUAUAGCGUGUCCAAAUCAAUCUUUUACUGCCUUAUUGUAUCGAGUGCCUUAAUGUAGUUUCUAUCCAAUGUAAAACAAUAAAAAGAGAGAGAGAGAGAAACGUUA